AUGACUGGGUACGCCAAAAAGAGACCGGUCACAAAGUCCGAUCUCAAGUUGGCAGGCAGAUCCGAAGUGAAUCACCAGGAGGUCCUAUCACUAAAUUGCGCUUUCGGCGAGCGAUGGUGGUACCGUUCGAAUUACAUGGGCGCUCUCCUCUUCAGCUCCGCCACUUUCAUCCUUCCAGCCAUCUACGGCACGCUUGUCAAGAUCUGGAUGGCGAAUAUUGAUGCCUCUCUCGUCGUCACGAUUGAUGUCUACACGCAUAUCGGCACUGUUGCAGAAGUCAUCAAUGAAGGCCUGCCGCGCGCAGUAUGGUCUACAAUUGCCGACAAGGGAGCACGAUCCCUUGGGGCUCGCUUAGGACUUGCACACUCACUAUUGGUGUUCCAAACUUUAAUGGGGGUAUUACUGAGCAUCAUGUUCGUGUGUGCUGCUCGAGAGUUUUUAUCUAAAUUCGUUCCACAUGACGUCGCAGAAGCAAGUAUAACGUACGUCCAUAUCAGCUCCUUUUCUGCUCUGAGUUCUGCGGUUGAGGUGGCCGCUUCCAGCGCGACGCGCACUCUGGGUAAACCAGACGUUCCACUUGUGAUCAACACUGUUAAAGUAGCGGUGAACAUUCUCCUUGACCUUCUACUAACCUCUAAGUUCCAUGCCGGUGGAUGGCAGCCGACAGUCAUCAUGCAAGCUGGAAUUUGUGAUAUGGUCGCGGCUUGUUCUGGUCUUCCAUACUUCAUCAUAACUACAAGUCGCAGGGAAAAUGCCAAGGCACCAUCCACCGGUGGUUUUCUCGCCCCGUUCAAACCAGGGUCUGUCACAUUCAUUGAUUCUGCAGUUCGUAACACGCUGUACCUUUGGCUCGUGUCUGGUGUUGUGGCUGAUUUGAAGUUACUAUUGUUCUCUAGGAUGAAGAGCUAUAAUCAUCAUUACUCUAUAGAUUGA